GACAAUCCCUGUCAUUCUAUACUAUUAGAAAAACAGUACAGGCGCUAAUACAGCCUAAACGUUAGUUCUCUGGUAUAUAUACUUGUAUUUGAAAACCCUAUAUCACGCUUAAAGUGAUUAUUUUAGUGGCCUGUCAAUCAAGAGUCUGUCAUCAGGCUAGGUUGAGACUGCAGAUCUUUUCCACGUCAGUGUGUUUACCAAGACCACCAAGACCAGACUGACAGCUGCAGGAAAGUCUUCAAUUUAUUCACUUCUGGAGCAUUUCUUAAAGAAUGAAUGCAUAAGCGGUGUUUGGGAACAUUACGUUAUCACGCAGUGGAAUGUCCGACAUUUUUAGUUUGUCUUUUUGUAGUAGUGAACUGAACUUUGGUCUUCUUCAUUCACUGUUGGCCGGCUAGCGUGCCGAGCUAGCCUAGCAUUAGCUACAACAGGACUCCAUCUUUGAAAUACCAGCCACACACAGAAAAGCAGCAUGGUGGACAAGAAUAUCUACAUCGUCCAGGGUGAAAUUAGUAGUGUUGUUGGAGCUAUCAAGAGGAACUCCAGAUGGAAUACGCACACUCCACUGGAUGAAGAACAGGACCCAUUACUCAACAGCUUUGGCCACCUCAAGGAAAUACUCAACAACAUAAAAGAACUCUCCAAUGUUGAACCCAACGUUUUUCUAAGGCCCUUCCUAGAAGUGGUCCGCUCUGAAGACACCACUGGACCAAUCACAGGCCUCGCUCUUACCUCUGUCAACAAGUUCCUUUCCUAUGGUCUUAUAGAUGCUAACCAUGAAGCAGCAGCAGAGGCCAUUGAGAACAUGGCAGACGCAGUCACACACGCUAGAUUUGUGGGAACUGACCCUGCCAGUGAUGAAGUCGUCCUUAUGAAAAUUUUACAGGUCCUGAGGACUCUGCUGCUGACGCCAGUUGGAGCCCAUCUGACCAACGAGUCUGUUUGUGAGAUCAUGCAGUCCUGCUUCAGGAUCUGCUUUGAGAUGCGCCUCAGUGAGCUGCUCAGGAAAUCAGCUGAACAUACACUGGUUGACAUGGUGCAGCUACUGUUCUCCCGACUACCUCAGUUCAAAGAGGAGGCCAAAAGUUAUGUUGGAGCCAACAUGAAGAAGUUGAAGAUGCGUGCCGGUGGGAUGAGUGAGUCAUCUAAAUGGAAGAAGCAGAAACGCUCACCAAGGCCGCCUCGCCACAUGGUCCGAAGUCCCUCCGGUCAGAUGGACCCAUCCCAGUCCAGCACCCUCAGCAACAACAACCUUUCAGGUGGUGUCCCAUUCAUUGAGCAAGGCUUGUCGACCUCUAGCCUACCAGCUUCAGACAGUGCUGGUUCAUCCAUUUGCAGCCCUACAACCACAGACAGUGGUGUGGACACCUGUUCCAAAGCCACCUCUAGGGAAGACCUUUCUGACCUGGAACUAUGUAGCUCAUCUGCAACCACCCAUAGUACUGCUACCACACUCCCUGGGAUUGAACUUGGCUCUCCUGAUACACAAUGUGAGGGCAGGCAUUUUGAACCAGCUCAGUCUGCCUCAGUGGAGUCCAUACCUGAAGUUCUGGAGGACAAAGAUUCCAUAACAGAGCAGUCUGACAGCACCUCUGUCCAUGACAUGGACUAUGUCAACCCCAGAGGAGUCCGUUUUACACAGUCUACACAAAGAGACGGAGCGUCCCUCAUCCCUUAUGGCUUGCCAUGUCUAAGGGAGCUUUUUCGCUUCCUGAUUUCCCUGACCAACCCCCAUGACCGCCACAACACUGAUGCCAUGAUGCACAUGGGCUUGCAGCUGUUGACUGUAGCACUCGAGUCGGCACACAUUGCUAACUACCAGACUUUGCUAGGACUGGUCAAAGAUGAGCUUUGCAGACAUCUCUUCCAGUUGCUGAGUGUGGACCGUAUGAACCUAUAUGCUUCCUCCAUACGAAUUUGCUUCUUGCUUUUCGAAAGCAUGAGAGUACACCUAAAGUUUCAGCUCGAGAUGUACCUAAAGAAACUGAUGGAUAUCAUAACAUCAGAGAACAUUAAGAUGCCCUAUGAGAUGAAGGAGAUGGCUCUGGAGGCACUGGUCCAGCUGUGGAGGAUCCCCAGCUUUGUCACUGAGCUGUACAUCAACUAUGACUGUGACUUCUACUGCUCCAAUCUGUUUGAGGACCUCACCAAGCUGAUGUCCAAGAAUGCAUUCCCAGUGUCAGGGCAGCUCUACACCACCCACCUCCUGUCACUGGAGGCUCUGCUCACAGUGAUUGAUAGCACUGAAACCUUCUGCCAGGCCAAGGUGGUCAACAGCACUGCUCAUCAAGACCAGUCAGAAACACUGCUGGCAGAAGACGAACGUUCAACCAAAAACGGAACAGACACUACAAGUGACCUUAACAGACUGGACAGUACCAAUGAUCUUAGUCGUCCACAAGCUGAGAAUGCACCAAUGUGUCCACCAACCAGUGGAUAUCUGAUGGCAGAGAAGAUGAGUCUGGGUAGACAGGAUCAAGGGGACAGUGACACUGCUGAAAAGAAAGCCCCGAAAAUUCCCCAACGUUUUACAUCAUGUUUACCUGAUUCCCAAGAGUUGAUGGAAAUUAGAACCAAGAAAAAGCUGCUAAUCACAGGGACAGAGCAGUUUAACCAGAAGCCCAAGAAGGGAAUCCAGUUCCUGCAGGAGAAAUGCCUCCUCACUAACCCAGUGGACAACAACCAGUUGGCCCAGUGGCUCAGAGAAAACCCUCGAUUGGACAAAAAGAUGAUUGGCGAGUACAUCAGCAGUCGCGAGAACAUGGAGCUCCUAGACAGCUUUGUAAACACAUUCACCUUCCAGGGGCUUCGUAUUGAUGAGGCCCUGCGGCUCUACCUGGAGGCCUUUAGACUUCCUGGAGAGGCUCCUGUCAUCCAAAGACUCCUGGAAACCUUCACAGACAACUGGCAUAAAGUGAACGGCUCUCCUUUCAUGAGUAACGAUGCAGGCUUUGCCUUGGCCUAUGCUGUCAUAAUGCUGAACACUGACCAGCAUAACCACAAUGUUCGUAAGCAGAACAUCCCCAUGACUGUAGAGCAAUUCAAGAAAAAUCUGAAGGGAGUAAAUGGAAACAAAGACUUUGACCAGGACAUGUUGGAGGAUAUCUACAAUGCUAUCAAGAAUGAGGAGAUUGUGAUGCCAGAUGAGCAGACAGGGUUGGUGAAGGAGAACUAUGUAUGGAGUUUGUUGCUACACCGCGGCGCCACACCUGAGGGUGUUUUCCUCCACGUGCCACCUGGCAGCUACGAUCAUGACUUGUUCACCAUGACCUGGGGUCCCACCAUCGCUGCCCUAUCUUACGUCUUUGACAAGAGCCUGGACGACAACAUCAUCCAGAAGGCCAUCACUGGCUUCAGGAAAUGUGCAAUGAUAGCUGCUCACUAUGGCUUCAGUGAUGUUUUUGACAAUUUGAUCAUCUCUCUCUGCAAGUUCACCACUCUGAGCAGUGAGUCUGUGGAAAACCUUCCUACAGUGUUUGGCAGCAACAGUAAAGCACAGAGAGCAGCCAAGACGGUGUUUGACCUCGCACAUCGGCACGGCAAUAUCCUGAGGGAGGGCUGGAAGAACAUAAUGGACUCAAUGCUACAGCUGUUCAGAGCCGAGCUCCUACCCAAAGCCAUGGUUGAGGUGGAGGAUUUUGUGGAGCCAAAUGGAAAAAUUUCACUUCAAAGAGAGGAAACGCCUUCAAAUCGAGGUGAGUCGGCAGUGUUGAGCUUUGUCAACUGGUUGACGCUGAGUGGAGCUGAGCAGUCAGGACUCAGAGGGCCGUCCACGGAAAACCAGGAGGCGAAGCAGGCCGCCAUCCUCUGCAUAAAGCAAUGUGACCCAGAAAAGCUGAUAACAGAGAGUAAAUUCCUACAGCUGGAGUCUCUACAGGAGCUAAUGAAGGCUCUGAUAUCAGUCACGCCAGAUGAAGAGACUUAUGAUGAAGAGGAUGCGGCCUUCUGCUUGGAGAUGUUGCUGCGGAUCGUUCUGGAGAACCGAGACCGGGUAGCAUGUGUGUGGCAGACGGUGUGUGACCGCCUCUGCCAUCUUUGCGUCCAUGCCAAUGAGAGCUGCUUCCUAGUGGAGAGGGCUGUGGUGGGACUCCUUAGACUCGCAAUUCGAUUGCUACGACGAGAAGACAUUAGCUCUCAGGUUCUCCUCUCUUUGCGUCGCCUGCUGAUGAUGAAACCUCAUGUCUUGUCCCGGGUCAGCAGGGAGGUGGCCUACGGCCUUCAUGAGCUGUUGAAGACUAACGCAGCCAACAUCCACUGCACAGACGACUGGUACACACUCUUCUCCCUUCUGGAGUGCAUCGGCGCCGGAGUAAAACCUCCUGCCUCUUUCCAGCUCACCUCCAUCACUACCGACAAUGACACAGGAGCCCAGUCAGAUAGUGAGCUGUCAUCUCAUCAUCCCAGUGAAGUGAGUGUAGACCGUGGCUACACAUCUGACUCAGAAGUCUACACUGAGCACAGCAAGUCCAGGAUCCCUCGCUCCACAACAGACGUGGAUGUAGCAAGCAGUGGAUGGCUCAUGGUUGGGAAAGAUGACUUGGAGACAAGUAAGAUCCCUCCAGUAAGCUCUAAAGCUCACCUGAAUCACCCUUUGGUCAACCAGUACAGUCUGACGCUGGGCCAGGACCUGGGCCAGCACGACACCAAGUCUCUCAUCAAGUGUGUGGAAACGCUGUCUUUCAUAGUGCGCGACGCUGCCCACGUCACCCCUGACAACUUUGAACUGUGUGUUAGAGCUAUACGAGUGUUUGUGGAGGCCAGCCUCAAUGGAGGUUACCGCAACCAUGAAAAAAAGAAGAGCCACAAGUACGAUAAGUCCAGGAUGAGGAAGAAGGCAGGGGGAAGGGAGAAGGAGGCUGGAGGUGGCACAAGGCGAGGUGGCAGCCGGGCGUCCAGCCAGCGUCCAUCACGUUCCCACAGCGACGACGAGGAGGACGAGGGGGUCCCGGCCAGCUACCAUACUGUGUCAUUACAGGUUAGUCAGGACCUUUUAGACCUGAUGCACACACUGCACACCCGGGCUGCCAGCAUCUACAGCUCCUGGGCAGAGGAGCAGCGCCAUCUGGAGGCUGCAGGCAGGAAGAUUGAGGCCGACUCCCAGACUCUGUGGACCAGUUGCUGGUGCCCGCUGCUGCAAGGCAUUGCUUGGCUGUGCUGUGAUGCCAGGCGACAGGUUCGUAUGCAGGCCCUCACCUACCUCCAGAGGGCCCUGCUCGUUCACGAUCUGCAGACACUUGACGCAGCUGAGUGGGAAUCCUGCUUUAAUAAGGUGCUCUUCCCCCUGUUAACUAAGCUGCUUGACAACAUCAGCCCAGCAGAUGUGGGCGGUAUGGAGGAGACCAGAAUGAGAGCCUGCACACUCUUGUCAAAGGUUUUCCUCCAGCACCUCUCUCCUCUGCUGUCCCUGCCUACCUUUGCUGCCCUCUGGCUCACCAUUUUGGAUUUCAUGGACAAGUACAUGCAUGCAGGAUCCAGUGACUUACUGCUGGAAGCAAUCCCUGAGUCUCUGAAGAACAUGCUGCUGGUGAUGGACACAGCGGGGAUCUUCCACAGCGCGGACUCCAGGACAGGAUACUCAGACUUGUGGGAAAUCACCUGGGAACGAAUUGUCUGCUUCCUGCCUCACCUGAGGGAUGAGCUAUUCAAACAGACCGUCAUAACAGAUCCAGUGCCCAGUCCUUCAGCAGAGACCGGGCAGUCUGCACCACCAGCAAGCCAGCCUCUAUCCCCUCAGUUGGGUCCACCACCUACCCAGCCGUCCUCCCCAGUCCCAAUAAGCCCUGCAGAGACACAGACCCCCAGCAGGCCAGCAUCACCCGAGGAGCCCCAGCCAGCCAGUGCCAAAGGAUCAGACCCGUCAUCUCCGGCCCCACCCUCAGUCCGCCCCAUGCCGGUGCCGUUAACAGCGUCCCCUGCUCAGACUGCCUCCCCCCUGAGCCAGUCCCCCUUUAUCCUGCAGCCCCUCGCCUCUCCCCUGCAGGUUGGAGUCCCGCCGAUGUCUCUGCCAAUCAUCCUAAACCCCGCCCUAAUUGAGGCCACGUCCCCUGUACCGCUGCUUCCCAGUCCCAGACCUACAAGCCCCUCUGAUGAGGUCAAGUAAAAGGAUUCAUGCUACUGUCCCCCCCCCCCACCCCCCACCCCCCCACAUAAACACACACACACACACACACACUCUGUCAGCUUUCUAGACCACCACCCUUGAACAACUGGACACAAAAGAGGUCAACUUCAAGUACAAGAGCUGCUGGAUACCAGGUUUUUGAAAUGACGUAAAUGUAUGAGAAGAAGUUAGACAUGACUCCUCAGUUCUACCACAUUUGAUUUAAAGGAAGAAUCCCACAACUUACAUUGAAGCUUGCAUUGUGCCAUGUUUUAGUAUAUUUUUAUUCCUUAUGGAGACAAUGUAACGUCAUGUCCAGAUAUCUGGGAACAGGAAAUGCAGGACCAAAGUGCAACUUCCAUUCCCAGCACCGAGCUCCUGCUCCCUUUGUUGCUGGGGGGAGGAUUUGGAUGUUUAGGCAACCUGGGGAGAGUUGAUGUUGUACUGCACAUGGUAAACACUUGACUGGCUGAUCCCAGUACUUUUUAAACUCAAUGGAUUAUAUGUAUUUUAGACAAAUUCAAUGAAAUAAAAAUUCUGAUUAAGUA